GAAUCAAGUUCUUACAUCCUAACACACAACUAGACUAGGGUUCACAAUACCCAAGUAAGGGAGCACUACUCCAUAGCUGGGCAAGGAAAUACAACAAAGAUGAAAGAAAGAACCAUGGUGUGGUGACUAUCCUCCUUCCUUGUUGCUUGAAUCACCCUUUAGAGAAGAAAGCCUUCAAACCUCUAGUUUAUGGUAAGCCCAAAUCUCCAUCUUCUUCCUUUGGUUCUUCACUUUCUCUAUCUUAACAAGAAGAAGAAGAUCUCUCUCUCUCACUAGAAUUCUUUCUCCUUUUAUGAUUUUUCAGGUGGAACCCUAGAAGGGAACUCAGAAAAUCUAAAACCCAACCAAGUUCCAGCUCUCUUUCUCUCUCCCAACUGCCUUCUAUUUCUACAGCCCGACAGUCACUAUCAGGGGCAAAAUGUCACGACCGUGACAAUGGAGCUCCAAUCGUGACAUCGUUCCAAAACGCAUGAGGUUGCUGCCAUUUUCAUCCCAAUCACUAAUCUGAUUGCAGUUGUCACGGUUACCGUGACAACCUUUAGGCCCGCGAGACAUAGAAAAUCUUCUGCUCCACAGCAACUUCACGCCCACUAGUCAUUUGUCACGGCCCAGAAACCGUGACAAUCACCUUCAUACCGUGAUAUAUGACUGUUCUUGACUUGUUGGCGCUUUUUGAUGAGGUCAUCAAGACCAAGCAAGCUCAAAAUGAAGGACCAAGGACUCGUGUUAGAGCUAAAGCAUUUCGAGAUCACAUUACGAGUUAUUUGGCUAAGGAGUUGGAAGGCAUGAGCUUGGAUUUGUUAGAAGGGAAGUCCAUCACACUAUUGUGCUUUGUGGAUCACGAAAUUGGGCUCAAAAGGAGGGAAGGAGGUCGGUCAUGGGGAAGGAGUAUCAAGGUGUGAAUGGAAUCAUCAAUGGAUAAUUAUCAAGGUGUGAACACAAGGAGGAAGGCGCAUUUCAAGGCUAGAUUCUAGGAGGAUCUUUGACUAAGUCUUUUCCUUGUUUGAUAAGGUUUUAUUUUCCUUUUUCAAGUAAGAUUUUUCCUUAGUUGUUUUGUGUUUAGAUUCGUUUGUCUAUAAAUAGGAGUCGAACCAAUGUAAUUUUCAUUCAAUCAAAUACAAGUGAGUUUGUUCGAGUUCAUUUGUGUACGGUUUUUCCUAAUCUCUCCUUUGAGGAUUCGAGAGAAUUGAGUUGUCUUUUAUCAACUAGAGAACGCGUCUAGUUGUGGCGAGCAUCGAUGAUAUCGGUUGGCCUCUUCCAUGAGUUUGAGAUUGUUUGGAAGGUUUCAUAUACCUUCUGUCCCUACUCACGGUUUGGAUUUGUUUGAUCGAUUUCGCAAGUAUCUUUAAUCUUCGUGUUAUUGAAGAAAGAAUAAAAUCCCUAAAUAGUUCGACGUUGUGAAAUUAUGAUCUUUGGUCCAAGUUUGGUAGGAUUCUCGAAUUAGGGUCAUACCAGGUGGUAUCAAGAGUCUAGUUCAAACGCAGCGGAAAAGGCAAAAGUUCUUUAUUGUUCGUGGAGCAUUCUUGGGAAUCUUGAAUGUCAAGAAAGCAAAUCUUGGACGUUCUUGGAGGGUUCUUGUGUUGCAAGGAAGUUAUCUUGAAGAAAAGCAUUCAUGGGAUUCUUCUUUAGAAAGAAACCAUGGCGGAGUAUGAUUUGUGCCAAUUCAUGUGCUUAAAUGUUUAAACAUUGUCAAAUACAUCCCUAUUGCAUUCCUAUUUGAUUUUGAUAUGAUUUUAGGGUGUAUUAGUCGAUAUGUGCGAAUUAGGUACAAAACAAGGUCACAAUUGUAGAGAAUGGGCAAGAAUUGAAGAUCGUGGUCUAGAAGCAAAAGAUCACGGCCGGGAUCACAAGCCGCGAAGUCCAGAUGAUGAUCGUGAUUCGGGUCCACUUGUACACAUUUUAUCCUCGUUUUCCUUAGACGUUUGAUGCAUUUGUACUUCGUGGGGUGUGGUUUUACGCUAGGUUGCACUUUGUUUUAGUAUGUUUCAGAUCCUAGCAGGUAAAACUGACCCCGGAAUCGAAAGUGGGACGAAAAGGAGAAAAAACAAGUGAAAGGGUGGAAGCAGCUGAGGAUCACGGCGGAAGAUGAGUUUUCAUAGUCUAAUGGAUCGUGAAAAGGGCGCCUAGACCGUGUAGCGCUAAAGUUCACGAAGUAAAAUGCACACCUCAUUGGAGUAGGAUGGCAAUUUCGACCUGACCCGAUCGACCUGUUUGACCUGUUUUGGGGCAGGUCAAACCCGCCCCGUAGGCGGGGCGGGGCGGGCAUGGGUACCUCUCAUCGACCCGACCUGCCCUGACCCGCCCCAUUCUCUACCCGUUCUUGCCUAUAUUACAUAUAAUAUUAGUCAAAUUACUUAGGAUUUUCCUCUUAUUACAUUAAAUUUUAGCAAUAAUAAAGUUGUGAAUAAGUGAAAACCUCAAUUUUUUCAAUAAUUUAACUACAUUUUAUCAUAUUAUGGUUUCUAUCUUGGUCUUUUAAUGAAAAUAACAAAUGUUUCUAAUGUUUUUCGCAUAAAUUACAUACUCAAUGGGUCGACCUGCCCCGACCCGCGCCCCGUGAUAAAUUACCCGACCUGGACCCGACCUGCCAUGGGGCGGGUAUGGGUAUCGAGAUACCCGCCCCGGACCUGCCCCAUUGCCAUUCCUACACUGGAGUCCAACCAGUUCACGGUCGCAAGACGUGAACCAAAGCCCCAGACCGUGAAGCGUCUAAGAGUCUAGAAGCAAAAUGCACACCUCAAUGGAUCCCGGUCAGUUCACGGUCGUAAGGACGUGAAGUCGUGAACUCAAGCCCCAGAACGUUCACGGACUAAGUGAAACGGUGCGGAUUUGCUCAACAUCACGGUCUAAGAAGGGUGUUCACGGCCGUGCACUGGGACAGUGAACUAAUCGCGACCUGGGUAUAAAAGAAGGGCUGAGCUGAAGGAAAAAGGGGGGACCUAGUGUGAGAAGCUUCUUCUUAUUCUUCAGCUUUCUAGAGAGAGAAAUUGACGAAACAAAAAAGAGAAGAGGUUAGGGUUUCAACUCCAAGCAAGAUUUUGGGAAUUUCUUCCCCAAAGGAAGAUCUCUACACCAUAAGGAGCAAGACUAGUUUCUCCCUCAAACUGGGUUCGCAGCAAUUGGCAGGAUUCUUAGGGAUCACCUUGGUCUAUGCAAAGAGGCAUUCUGCUGCAACUUGGGCAUGUGCUCAAUCACUAGAGCAUAACUGAAUGGUGAGGUUGAAGGUCUCUGCAUUGCUUGGGAAAAAGGCUAUCAAUCUCAUAAGGAACUCCACGGAUAGCAACCACCACCACAGACUAUUGGUGCAACAAAUUAGAGAAAUGCUCACUUUCAAUUGGGUAGUUUCAGUCUCUCAUAUGUUUAGAGAAGGUAAUUUUGCUGUCGAUUUCUUGGCUUGUAAGGGUCAUGAUUAGGGUGUCAAAGUGAACUCGUUGAGCCCGAUCGGGUUGGAAUCUUUGGCAAUUUCCUAUUUUCAUAAUUAUUUUCAUUUUUAAUUAUUUAUCUUUACACCUGAGUUGGUUAGCUUGUUUUGGUUGGUUGGCUUUGAUACCAAAAAAUUGACGUAACUUAAUUUCUACUAGUCUAACUUUUUUGUUUGUUUGUUUGUUAUGGAAGGAGAUUGAGGAUUUUUUUCUAGAAAUGCCACCCUAUAAAAAAAUUCCAAAAACACUACCCUUUUUUAAAUAAUUUCAUUUAUACCCUCUUUUCAAACAAGCCGCAGGGGGCCACAAUUUGAAAGCAGACCACAGGGGCUCACGAUUUUUAUUUUUUGGGGCCACAAACCGCAGGAGGGCGUGGCAGUCAGGCAGAUCGUCGGAUCCCCCUACAAUCUGAUGGUUGACCGCCAGCCAGCUCAGCAAUCCGCGUGACCGAGGGGGUGAUCCGCGUCCUUCUAGCAAAAACCGUGCCCCCUAGCCACAGUUUGCAUUUGAAUUUCGAAAACUGCCCCGCUCCCACGGUUUCUAUUUUCCUUCCCACCCAAACCGUCCGCCACCCCAUGGUUGGUGGCUAUAAAACCCCGUCCCCUCUCCAUUUUCUUCACACAAAACCAACCCUUCUCUCUCUAAGAUUUUCUCUCUACCCAUCCCACUCUCCACCCCAAAAAUUAAGAAGUAGUGGUCUGUUGAUUGCGGCUAAGUCUGAACUGCCAUCAGAAAAUAUUUCUUAAAUUUUUUCCUCCAAAACCCGUCGAACCUCUGUCCGCCUUCUUUAAAAAAUGGACGAAGAUUGGUACUAGUAAGAGGGUGUUUAUUAUGAUGACUAUCAAGCGGUACGUACUCAUUCUACUAUUUUUUGUUGUUCUUAUAAUUCUUGUUAAUUAAUCUAUAUAUUAAUUAGUUUGAUUUGUUGUUAUGCUAUCGUAGGUUGGACCGGAUGUAGAUAUUUAUGAUCAAAGGUAUUAUCUUGAUCAAGGACCUAACGAUGCAAGUGUUCUUUACGACCAACCUAACCAUCGUUCAAGGAAUGUUUGAAACGAUUUGGCGAUACAUAUAAUUCUUCAACUUUUGUCAUAUUUUAUUUUGUUAACGUAAUUAGUGUUUAUAAAAUAAUUUAGUUUUAAUGGUUAAUCGUAUUGGUUGUUUUCAAUGAUUUGGACUAGUACAAUGUGACACUAACUUAGACUCUUUUUUUUAUAAUUUACUUAGAAUCUUUAUAAAGAGAUGCAUGCCUAAGGAAAUUGGGUCUUAAGCAAUCAUCAAUUCAUCAUGAUCCUCCCAUUACCUGGGAAAAUCGGGUCUUUAAGCUAUCCUCGAAUCCCUUUUUUCUGUAAAAAAAAGUUGUGUUUAUAAGGAGAUGUAUAACUCUCCUAAAAGUAUAACGAGUAUACUUGUAUUGGCUUAAAUCAUUUAAACUAACCAAUAUGAUUUACAAAAUAGUAUAAUGGAUUUAUGAUUAUGUUUAUGUGUAUAUCUUUUUAAAUCUUUGGUAUUCAUUUUGUUAAUUUUAAAUGUUUGGUAUAAUUGAUUUAUGUGUAUAUCUUUCAAAUGCUAUUCAUUUUAGUUAAUUGAAUAUGUUUGCUAUGACAAAUUUAUUUGUAUAUCUUGCAAAUGGUAUUCAUUUGGUUAAUGAUAAAUAGUUUGUUAUAAUAGAUUUAUGUAUUUAUAAAUCAUAAAUUUGUGGUUUUAAUUUAUUUCCUAGAGUACACACUAUAUUGUCCGCUAUAGGGGUACGAGCAAUAUUUUGUCAUAUAACGACGCUAUCUUGCGCUAUCUCAAAAGGGCAAUGUUGGAUUCGAUGAGGCACUUUGUCGGCAUAAAGAUCGACGGUAAACUCAUCACAACAUUGAUGGAGAGGUGGCGAAAGGAGUGAUAACGAUGUAAUUGCACAUGUUUGCGCCCCUAGUUCUUAUCCGUUUGAGGGGCAUAUUCGUGUGUUGUGGCCUAUUUUAUGCUAGGUUGUGUUCCUUUGUCCCAUUUCAGGUCCUAGCACAUAAAGUGAAACAGGUUAGAGAUCAUCAAUCAUUAAUCUGGCUAGUGGCUAGGGGGAAUCAUACCUAAGUGAGUUCCCUACCUGUAAUUAGAUUAACUUUGACUGUAGUUUGCUAGAGUAGUUUUAGUUCUUUCAUCUUAAUCUGAUUUGCUAAAUAAUAAACUGAAGCUGAGUAAUAGUAACUCUAGAGACCCGUGGAUUCGAUAUUUAUCACUUGAGCCACUAUACUGCAGUCCCUUUCAUUGGUUACACUUGGCCUUUGUUAGGAGUUGUGUUUUUGGAGAGUCAAGUUUUUGGCGCCGUUGCCGGGGACUUUCUAGAGUAUUAGGAAAGGCAGAAGUUUGUUACUUUAGCGUUUUUCGUUUCUUUUCUUUUCCACCCUUGCUUUUCACUUGGGUGUUUUUGUUUUUGUUGGUGCAGAUCUGAAUCAUGGAUCCUAAUGGCUUCUCCAAUCAUUGGGGGUAUCCACCACCAUCUGGGUGGUAUUACCCCGAGACUCCGUGGAGCAAUCAAGGCGGAGAAGACUAUGGAUUCGGGUUCCAGUACCAACCCCCUUACUACGGAGAACAACCGGACCCCUGGGCAUAUCAAGAACAACCUCAUUAUCAAGAAGAAUUUCUCCCACAACCAGAAGGGCCAUCGGCGCUGGAGUUACUCAUGGAGCAGUUUGCUCGAGACUGUGAGAGAACAUGCUCCAGGAUGGAUCAGUGUGUCCAGGCCUAUCGUGAAACAGAUGAGAUCCUCCUGAGCCUUAAGAAGAGCGUCGAUGAUCUUGAGCGAUCUUGGGCGCAACCUGCUCCAGAUCACCCUUCUGCUACCACACAAGAGGAGGAGGAAGAAGAAGGCUACAAGGGCAUUGUGGAACACACUGAAGUUGUCACGGAGAGCUCCCGUGAUGAUCAUGAUCAGGCCUGUCAUGUCGUAGCCGACCACACCUUCCCACACCCCAACCAGAGCUUUGAAGAGGCGGGCAUGAGUGAGGAGAUGCAAGAAGAUCUCAUGAAAGAAAUUGCUUGGCAACUUGCUCUCCAAUCCGUGCUAGAAGAAGAAGAGCAAGAAAGGGUGCAGAAAGAAGUUGUGGAGGAUGACGAAAGUGAAGCUGGAGGAGUUCUUGAUCAUUUCCCAGGGGUGAUACCACAUGAAGAAGGAAGGGAGGUUGAAGAAGCAAUUGGCGUCCAGGCUGAGGACGGAGUUAAGGUGGAAGAGGCCUGCACCGGCCAUGAGUUACUUGUGAUAUCUCCACCAAACUUCGAGGAACUGCUUAGCAAGGACCCAUUUGCAGUGUCUCUUUGCCAGACCAAGGCCACCUCGACAUCGGUCCCUCUUGGUGGACGCGAUGGUGGCCAAUCGAUGCUGUCUUAUCUGGUUUGGGGCAAUGAGACGAGAGAAGAGAAGAAGAGGUCUCGAGGGUGGAGACUUCAUCUGCAUCAAGUACAUGAGCCUUCAUCACCUGCCACAUCACAUGCUCAUGACUUGAGACUCCACCUCAUCGACGAGAACCUCAACUUCAAGGAGGUUCUAGCAUGGACCGAAACUUAGGAGCCAUCGUCCGGCUCAUGACGUGAAAGAAGCGCUUGUUGGGAGGCAACCCAACCAGUCGGUUUGCAUUUCUUUCUCUUUUUCUCCUCGGUUGAGUCAGUUUUGUUAUUUGAUUUUAGAGUCAAUAACUCAACCUUUGUGAGAUUUUGUGUGGUGUUUGUGUUCUGAUUACUCUCUCUUUCUGGAUGGCACCGCCUGACCCGUUCAUCAUCAUUCACCCUUAAUCUGGUAACUUCGUUCUACCCUCCUUAUCUUUCCUCCAUUGAGGACAAUGUCGUGCUUAAGUGUGGGGGGGUGUUCGAUUAUGUAUGCGGGUGAAUGUUUGGCUGUUUGUGCGCUUGGAGCCUAGUCCACUGUCCUGUCCAAAUUUUUAAAUUUGAGGGCUCCAAGUACGUGUUCCAUGCAAUUGCCUGCUCAGUAUGCUUUGAAUUGACAGUCUUUACAGUAAUAUGCAACCUAGGGAGGUAGUGUAGCACUAUGGAGGAUGUUGAUGCAUUUAAGAAGUCUCAUUUCUUCUUCAUAUAAAGUUGGUUGAUUGAGUGAAUUAAUGAUCUUAGGACCC